AUGGUGGAUGCUGUUGUUCCCGGAGACAUGGCUUCUCUGGAUACGGAUUUGUUGCAGCUUCAGGAGAUGUCUUCGUUUGUGCUGAAAUCGAGACCUGAAUUCACUCAGAAGCUCUUCGACCAGUGGCUUUCCCUCCCCGAAGCUCAUCGCCAGGUAGCAUCAUUGCUUCAAGAUGCAAUGGCUGGGGCUCCUUUGAACGUUACUGGGAGUGCAUCUGGUUCAGGUCCUGGGACCAGCAAUACUUUGCCAUCUAUGUUUCCGGCGGGAAGUGCUCCUCCGCUUUCUCCUAGGAGUUGUGGUUCACCGCGUUCAGUGAAACAGAGGGCUCCUUCUAAUCUAGGUUCUCCGCUAAAAGUACUCAAUGAGCCUGUUAAAGAGUCCAUACCACAGUUUUAUUUUCAAAAUGGUCGCGCACCUCCAAGCGAGAUAAAAGAGCAAUGUAUGUUUAGAAUCAACCACUUUUUCUACGGCCACGGAGAUGGACUGCAGAUACAAGAAUUCAAACUAGUCACCAGAGAAAUCUGCAAGCUCCCAUCUUUCUUCUCCACUUCACUUUUCAGGAAGAUCGAUGUCAAUAAUACAGGUUUUGUUACUAGAGAAGCAUUUAUUGAUUACUGGGUAAACGGGAACAUGUUGAUACUGGAUACAACCACCCAAAUAUUUAAGAUACUAAAGCAACAAAAUCAGAAUUUCCUUGCGAAGGAUGAUUUCAAACCACUACUUAAAGAACUUUUGGCGACACAUCCUGGGCUAGAGUUUUUGCAAGGCACACCUGAAUUCCAAGAAAGAUAUGCUGAAACUGUUACCUACAGAAUAUUUUACUACAUAAAUAGAUCUGGAAAUGGCCGACUUACAUUUAGGGAGCUUAAACGGGGAAACUUAAUUGAUGCUAUGCUUCAUGCUGACGAAGAAGAAGAUAUCAACAAAGUGUUGAGGUACUUCUCAUAUGAGCAUUUCUAUGUCAUAUACUGCAAGUUCUGGGAGCUGGAUACAGAUCACGAUUUCCUGAUUGACAAAGAAAACCUUAUGAAAUAUGGAAACCAUGCUCUUACAUACCGGAUUGUCGACAGAAUAUUCUCCCAGGUUGCUAGGAAGUUUACUAGCAAAGCUGAAGGGAAAAUGGGUUAUGAGGAUUUCGUCUAUUUCAUACUUGCGGAAGAAGAUAAAUCGUCAGAGCCUAGCCUAGAGUAUUGGUUCACGUGCAUAGACUUGGAUGGAAAUGGGAUUCUUACGCGAAAUGAGAUGCAAUUCUUUUAUGAGGAGCAGUUGCAUCGAAUGGAGUGCAUGGCGCAAGAGGCUGUUCUUUUUGAGGACAUCUUAUGUCAGAUAAUUGACAUGAUCGGACCAGAGAAUGAAAGCUAUAUAACCCUGCAAGACCUGAAGGGCUCCAAGCUCUCUGGAAACGUCUUCAACAUCCUUUUUAAUCUUAACAAGUUCAUGGCCUUUGAAACACGGGAUCCAUUCCUCAUUCGUCAGGAACGAGAAAAUCCAACGUUGACAGACUGGGACCGUUUUGCACAUAGAGAAUACAUAAGGCUUUCAAUGGAGGAAGAUGUUGAAGAUGCAUCCAAUGGAAGUGCUGAAGUUUGGGACGAGUCACUAGAAGCUCCCUUCUGA